AUGCCAGAAUUACAGAUAGACCUGGCUGUGGCAAACAGGUUUAUCUCAAGUCUGAGUAAAUCUCUGCAAGCUUUAUGUCAUGGAUGCAUGGAUUUUGACUCUGGCAUUGAAAUAGUUGGCUAUAUAAACAUUAAUAUUGACAGUGGCAGUAAAGUUGACUAUGUCCUCAAUGAAAAGGUACUGAAAAGCACCACAAAUUCCAUGACAUUUGUGAGCAACAGUUUUUUGGCUAAAAAAGAGCAGCCAAAACAAACUCGUGAUGGAGCUUGCUCCCCAAUUCCACAGCCCCAGGUUUCACCUUAUACACCUCGAUUGCCACCAGUGCAUUUGAAUUCUAGAUUUCAAAAAGCAGGAGCACAAGUAUCACCCUAUGGUCACAAUCAAAAGGGACCUCAGAAACGAACAAGAGCAGAUGAUUUAAAUAUACCUCGCAAGAAAAAUCACUUUCAAGGUCAUUCAGCAGAAUCUCCAGCAGCAGGUCAGGGAGCUCACUCACAUUUCAUGCCUGCGUCAGCGAGCUCCUCAUAUCCAGAUUUACAGUCUCAACAGUCAGAUAGUGCUAGCGAUACCUUACAGGUGAACAUCAAAAAAGAAGCAUUUGAAGCAGACAGUCAACAUGAUUUUGAUGGAGAGCAUUCACAUAAUCCAUCAAGUGAUGGUAAUCUUGAUUCUUCACUGAACCCAGAAGACAAAGUUCAGGUAAAACGUGACCCCGAUGAAACAAAUUCAGGAAACAAUCAUUUUAGCAGCAAUGAUGGUGAUAACACAGUUACUGGUGAAAGUGCAGACUUUAAAAGUAAUUUUCUGGAACCUUCAUUAAAUGACAGUCAACAAGGAUCUGAAACGGGAAAUAAUGACCAUUCUUUGGCGGAUGAAGCAAAUAUGCCCAGUACUAGCAGAGACAAUGUUGGUGACACAGAUGUAAUGUCCACUGAGAAUGACCCAGUGUCUGGUGUUUCUGUCGACUAUGAGAAAUCUGUUGAUGAUGGAUCUUAUUAUCAGCAUGGCUAUGAUGAUGCUGGAGAGGGUUCCAAUGAUGCUGGCCAGUUUGAGGUGAUAGAAAUUGACGACGAAGAUGAAGAUGUCCAAGCAAUGUUUAGUGACCACC